CCGAGUCGCGGUCCUCCGAGGCCUAAACCUGUCCGGCGGGCGAGCGCCGGAAGCGAUGUCGCGAGCCGGAAGUGAUAUAGAGCUGCGGGUCCACAAUGAAGCCGGCUGUGGACGAGAUGUUCCCUGAGGGUGCCGGGCCCUACGUGGACCUGGACGAGGCAGGAGGCAGCACCGGGCUCUUGAUGGACUUGGCGGCCAAUGAAAAGGCAGUUCAUGCAGACUUUUUUAAUGAUUUUGAAGAUCUCUUUGAUGAUGAUGAUGUCCAGUGAGACCCGGCCAGCCAUAUACCCGGCCUCACAUGGCACGCCAGUCGGUGUAGAGGACAGUGGCGAAUGGCAUAGAGGCCUGUGGACAUCACUGGAAGUUAGGACCGGGACCACCGAGGAAAUGAGGGAGAACCUCCCGGAACCACCUGGAUGUGCUGUUAGCUCUGAUGGACCGGCCUUUGUCCUUACUUCAAGUAAAAUAAAUACACAGGGUAAUUUUAA